CCUGCGCGCUGGGUAGGGGGGACCCUGUCAGGGCAAUGGCCGUCGCCAGGGCCGCCAUUUUCUGCCUGACCGGGCGGCUCCGGGCGUCUUCCUCCUCCUCCUCCUCCUCCUCUUCUUCUUCGUCCUCCUGCCGGCGCCGGCUGGUCCUGCCCGGCCGGGCCGCCUUCCCGGGGGCGAGGAGGCCGCUCAGCGCCUCGGCCCGGGCCUGCUCAGAAGACAAAAUAACCAUCCACUUUAUAAACCGUGAUGGCGACAAAUUAACAACUAAAGGCGAAGUUGGUGAUACCUUGCUAGACGUCGUCGUCAAUAAUAACCUAGACAUUGAUGGAUUUGGUGCCUGCGAAGGUACUCUGGCUUGCUCGACCUGUCACCUGAUCUUCGAGAACCGCGUGUACGAGAAGUUAGACGCGAUCACCGACGAGGAGAACGACAUGCUCGAUCUGGCCUACGGGCUGACGGACACAUCCCGUCUGGGCUGCCAAAUCUGCUUGACCAGAGCCAUGAACGAUAUGACCGUCCGAGUCCCCGAAGUGGUGGCUGACGCCAGGCAGACCGUAGAUUUGGGCAAAAACUCAUAGAACGCGGUCCCUGGGGAUGAUUCCCUCAGAUUUUGACCAAGCGUUUCUGUAACGUGAUGGGACCUUGGAAGAUUAAGUUCGUGUGGUUAAUACGCGCUGGUAUUGAUUUUAAAUGCUUGCCGUCUUGAUUCGCCUUGAUCGAUCAACGAUACUUUACGAUCCCGAAAAAUUAGGCACUGUUAUAUUUUUGCAUUUUUCCGCUUUAAAAAUUUUAAAAGUUUCGAGAGUUUAAACGGGUUACUAGACAGAACGUCGUCAUGCGCCGCUAGUCGUAUUUGAAAUGUUUGCCGGGAUCGAACAGGCUGUUUCAUUCA